AUGAUGGAAGAUGCAUCUUUUUGCUCAAAGCUAUUGACAGCAGAUGCAACAAAACAACUCCUCAAACUUUUAGGCCCUGAUAAUGACGCCCCAGUUAGAGCGAAAGCAGAAGGUGCUAUUAAAUCUCUAUUUGCACAGUGCCAAGAUGCAAGGAAAGAGAUAGCCAAUUGUAAUGGCAUUCCUUCUUUGAUUAAUGCUACCAUAGCUCCUUCCAAAGAGUUCAUGCAACGUGAGCAUGAUCAAGCAAUACAUGAGAAUUCUAUUAGUGCUCUUGCAAACAUCUCUGAUGGAUUGUCUUAUGUCAUCUCCAACCUUAGUAAAAGCCUUGAAUCAUGCUCCUCACCUACCCAAACUGCCGACUCAUUAGGGGCUUUAGCUUCAGCUCUUAUGAUAUACGAUGGCAAGGAAGAAUAUACUAAAGUGUCAGAUCCUUUGGCAUUUGAGCAGACAUUACUUGAGAAAUUUAAACCUUGUUCUCCCUUUGGCAGUUUAGCUCGACUUCUAUUUCGGUUGGACUUGGUAAUUCUUCUCUCUCUAUUGUCUUCCUUUAAAAAAUUAUUCAACACCGACACUUCUGUGUUUAAAGACGUGUCUGGUGUUCGAUUCAUGUUAGACACUUAUGUAAACAAUUACAUUUAG